AUGUAUAUUAUUGCACUAGAAAUAAACUCAUUGACAGAGGGUAUUAGGAGAAUUGGGAAUGAUGCUGACUACUUUGAGUUUAUUGAAACGGGUUAUAGUGAUGAAAAUGGUCUAAGAAUGAAUGUGUUUAUAGACCACAAAAAUGAACAUAUACUUGAUUGGUCUGAUAUGGAAGUGGUAGAAGAUGAUAAAGGGCAUUAUUCUGAGCAAGACCUGGAUGAUGACAAUGAUUCACAACUUUCUGAUGAUAUUCCAUAUGAGCAUGAAGCGGAUGAUUACAUUCCUUCUCUUUACAAGACUAUUGGUGAUGAAUUUUUGCAUCGGGUGUCAGUGGAACCAGUUCAAGUGGAUGAUCCUGCUCAACCUGUUGAUGGUGUUCAAGUGGAUGAUCCUGCUCCACAUGUUGAUGAUGUUCAAGUGGAUGAUCCUGUUCCACCUGUUGAUGAUGUUCAAGUAGAUGAUCAUGCUCAACCAGUUAAUGAUGUUCAUGCUCAACCGCCGCAAUGUAGUAACGCAGCUUUCAUCGAAAAAUUGCAGAUCAUCUUCGGCCGGAACAAAGAGAAUUUCGAUCUUGACGGAAAGUUAUAA